UAUUUUGAAAGAGCUUGUAGAAAACAUCCGGUCCCUCCUAGGCUAACAGCUGCUAUCUUGCUGCGGUCUGUGGGUGUUGAAAUGUCAGCUGAUUGUUAGCCCGUCUAGCUAGCUUAGCUUAGUUGCGUGUUUGUUUUUGUCAUCAAAUAGACUGCUUCCACCUCAGCCCUAAGGUUUAACGCACAGUUAGCCUUUUCAUUGACUUAUAGUCCACUCCAAUCGUCGUCUGUUCGCUUUCGCGGGGCUAAACUAGCAUUAGUGCUGCUGUAUUUUUUCCCCUACAGCAGCAAGAAGGAAAAAGGGAGUGAAGUUGCUGCCCGAGUCUCUCUGCAUUGCAGCCCCCCCGGCGGUGCUGAUGGAAUUCAAACAUACAACAAUGGCGUCUCCUGGUUCAAACAGCUCAUCGACAGGCAGCAGUAACAUGGGAUCUGUGUCACACCACUACCAGCAGCCGCAGCAGUCUCAGCCCCAGCACACUAGCACCAUGAGCGGCAUGCAGGAGUCCAACACCUGCUGGAGAUGUCAGAGUGAAACAGGGUUUCAGAUAAACCUGUCUGGAGCUCACCCAAGUAAACGUAAAGCCCUGAAACUGAACUUCGCCAACCCUUCGAUCAAACCCUCCACUAGAUUCUCCUUAAACACGGCUGGACCUCCGUUUCAGAACCCCCACAUAGAGAGGCUGAGAACUCACAGUAUCGAGUCCUCUGGGAAGCUGAAGAUCUCCCCAGAGCAGCACUGGGACUUCACAGCUGAGGAUCUGAAGGAUCUGGGCGAAAUAGGCCGAGGGGCGUACGGCUCCGUCAACAAGAUGGUGCACAAACCCAGCAACAUGAUCAUGGCAGUUAAGAGGAUUCGUUCGACUGUUGAUGAGAAGGAGCAGAAGCAGCUGCUGAUGGACCUGGACGUGGUGAUGAGAAGCAGUGAUUGUCCUUACAUCGUCCAGUUUUACGGCGCUCUGUUCAGAGAGGGUGAUUGCUGGAUCUGCAUGGAACUCAUGGCUACCUCGUUAGACAAAUUUUACAAGUUUGUAUAUGGCUCUUUAGACGACGUGAUUCCAGAAGAGAUAUUAGGAAAAAUAACUUUAGCUACUGUGAAGGCACUUAACCACUUAAAAGAAAACUUGAAAAUAAUACACAGAGACAUCAAGCCGUCCAACAUCCUCCUGGACAGGAACGGCAACAUCAAGCUCUGCGACUUUGGCAUCAGCGGCCAGCUGGUGGACUCCAUCGCUAAAACCAGAGAUGCAGGCUGCAGGCCAUACAUGGCGCCGGAGAGAAUCGACCCUAGUGCGUCCAGGCAGGGCUACGACGUCCGCUCGGAUGUUUGGAGUUUGGGAAUAACUCUGUACGAGCUGGCCACUGGACGGUUUCCCUACCCGAAGUGGAACAGCGUGUUCGACCAGCUGACUCAGGUGGUGAGAGGAGACCCGCCGCAGCUCAGCAACUCAGACGAGAGGCGCUUCUCCCCCAAAUUCAUCUCCUUUGUCAACGUGUGCCUUACAAAGGAUGAAUCCAAGAGGCCAAAGUACAGGGAGCUUCUGAGAGACCCGUUCAUUCAGAUGUACGAGGAGCGCUCCGUCGACGUCGCUGGAUACGUCUGCAGGAUCCUGGAUCAGAUGCCGGCCUCUCCCAGCUCCCCCACAUAUAUGGAAUAAAAAGAGAAUAAAAACAAACCGAAUCGACCUAUCUUCACCGAUCUGUUCAAAACAAACCAAUCUCUGUGUAAAAUUGCUUGCUCCCCUUAUUGCAGUGUUAAAAGAGAACGAAAGAAAAAAAAAAAAA